GUUCAGGGGUCACUCAAGAUGGCGGCGCCCAGGAGGCGCUGAGGCGUGAAGCGGGGAAUGGCGCUGGCGGCGCUGGCGGCCGGGCCUCGGCUGGGGCGGCUGCUGAGCGGACCGGGACCGGGGCUGCGGGCGGGGCGGGGGCACCGGACGGCGGCCGGGCGCUCGCCGAGCUCGCGCGAGGCGGACGCCCCGGUGUUCCAGUACGUGGGCGAGCGGGCAGCCCGUGCCGACCGCAUCUUCGUGUGGGGCUUCAGCUUCUCGGGGGCGCUGGGCGUGCCCACCUUCGUGCUGCCCAGCGCGGGGCCCAAGCCUCGCGCCGGCUCGCGGCCGCCCCGCAGGAUCCAGCCCGUGCCCUACCGCCUGGAGCUGGACCAGAAGAUUUCCUCUGCUGCCUGUGGCUAUGGAUUCACACUGUUGUCCUCUAAAACCAAGGAUGUGACGAAAGUUUGGGGUAUGGGGCUCAACAAAGAUUCCCAGCUUGGAUUUCACCAGAGCCGCAAAGAUAAAACCAGGGGGUAUGAGUACGUACUGGAGCCCUCGCCUGUCCCACUGCCUCUGGACAGACCUCAGGAGACACAGGUGCUGCAGGUGUCCUGCGGCCGAGCUCACUCUCUCAUCCUGACAGACCGCGAAGGAGUCUUCAGCAUGGGAAACAACUCUUACGGGCAAUGUGGAAGAAACGUGGUCGAAAAUGAAAUUUAUAGCGAAAGUCACAAAGUCAACCGAAUGCAGGACUUCGACGGACAGGUGGUUCAGGCUUCAGCGCGUAAGCGGACGCUUAUGGGAAGGGCCCUGAGAGCGCAGGAGGAUCGCUCAGGCUCGCGGGGGUGGAAGGGGAGGACAGAAGGCACCCCGGAGAAGGUGGUUUGUGGCCAGGACCAUAGCCUGUUCCUGACGGACAAAGGAGAAGUCUACUCUUGCGGCUGGGGCGCCGACGGGCAAACGGGUCUGGGUCACUACAACAUCACCAGCGUGCCCACCAAGCUGGGCGGGGACCUGGCCGGAGUGAACGUCGUGCAGGUGGCCACCUACGGUGACUGCUGCCUGGCCGUGUCUGCCGAGGGCGGCCUCUUCGGAUGGGGGAACUCGGAGUACCUGCAGCUGGCCGCUGUCACCGACGCCACACAGGUGAACGUCCCCCGGUGCCUACCCUUCUCGGGAGUGGGGAAGGUGAAGCAGGCGGCCUGCGGCGGCACGGGCUGUGCCGUGUUAAAUGGGGAAGGACAUGUUUUCGUCUGGGGCUACGGAAUUCUUGGGAAAGGACCGAACCUUGUGGAAAGUGCCCUUCCCGAGGUGAUCCCGCCCAGUCUCUUCGGCCUGACGGAGUUCAACCCAGGAGUCCACGUUUCCCUAAUCCGAUGUGGCCUCAGCCACUUUGCCGCCCUGACCAACAGAGGAGAGCUGUUUGUGUGGGGCAAGAACAUCCGCGGGUGCCUGGGCGUCGGCCGUCUGGAAGACCAGUAUUUCCCGUGGAGGGUGACCAUGCCUGGGGAGCCUGUGGAUGUGGCGUGUGGUGUGGACCAUAUGGUGACUCUGGCCAAGUCCUUCAUCUGAAGCUCCACCCUGGAACCUGGCCUCAGAACCCCUUGGACUGCUUGGCAGAGACCCCAGCGGGGCUGUUGCCGGGGGUCAGAGAAGACCCAGACCCCUUGUGACGCGUGAUGCUCUCUGCCAGUGCCCUUAGCAAGAACGUACUGCAAGUCCUGGGACUCAGGCCCCUCUCUGGCCGAGGGUGGGACCCGCUGCAUCACCACGGGGGGCUGUCCUCAUCCAGCCAAGCACCAGCGAGAGGGGCCCCGGGCUGUGUGUCUCAUCUGACCCGAGCAGCUGAUCUGGGGGGAAGCUUAGCUCUACGCCGUGCCGUUCUGUUUGUGCUUGAAGGUUGCCGGACGGCUCUAGUGGCCAGGAGGGGUUCCGCAAGCCUCAGCCCCCAGCAGAGCUCAUGGUGAGCGUGUGGGCGUCAGGGCCAGUCCCCGCCCGACUGCGGGAGCCGGGCUGAGAAGCUUGGAGAAGUUAGAGCGAGGCCAGGUUCUUGUGCACCGAACACCCCCUGCUUUCAGGAGCUUGGCUGGAGGGCGAGCCCCCGAGAAGAGAUCCAGAAAUCGUGGAAAAGAGUUGAGGUAGUAACAUCAACUUGGCCUUUCGUUUAAAAACAUCUUUGGAAAAUCUCUUUUGGAAUAAAGUCUAUUUUCUGCCUUUUUA